CCUUGUCAAAGGUACUUGAGAAAAUUAUCCUCAACAGGAUUAAAGACCAUGAAACUCAACACAAAGAAUUGAUUGAUGAACAAUUUGGAUUUAGGACCUUCCCACAGUACCAUACUCCAAAUUAGGAACAAUAACAGAUCAAAUAACUAAAAAUUUUAAUUACAAAAAAUUACAGCCAUGUUAAAUCUCGAUAUUGAAAAGGCAUUUGACACACUCUGGCACGAAGGCCUCAUUUUUAAAUUACUCCAAACCAAGUUUCCACCUUUUAUAAUAAAAAUAAUAAAUUCAUAUAUUACUAGCCGAUCAUUCCAAGUUUUUGUAACAGAGAAUGCUAAAAAAUUGGAAGAAUUGAAACAGAUACUUGGACCGUCUUUCCCCAUAGAUAUUAUAAGCUCUAAGAUUGAUUUACCGGAGUUACAAGGAGAGAUAGAUGAAAUUUGUAAAAAAAAAUGUUUGGAAGCUAGUUCAAUGGUGAAAGGUCCAGUAACUGUAGAAGAUACGUGUCUCUGUUUCAAUGCUCUCAAAGGAUUACCUGGUCCAUAUAUUAAAUGGUUUUUAGGUAACUUAGGACCCGAAGGGUUAUUUCGACUUUUUGCAGGUUUUGACGACAAAACUGCACAAGCUAUAUGUACUUUUGCAUAUCAUUCAGGUAACGCACUUGAAGAAGUUGUAUUAUUCAAAGGAAUUACUGAUGGUACGAUUGUAAAUCCAAGGGGGUCUAGAGAGUUUGGAUGGGAUCCUUGUUUUCAACCUGAAGGCUUUAACCAAACUUAUGCUGAAAUGCCAAAAGAAGAUAAAAAUAAAAUAUCUCACAGAUUUAAGGCUUUAGAUUUACUUAGAAAUUAUUUCACCAAAGACUCAAAUGUAAUUAAAAUCUGAAAUACAUGAAAUAUAAUUAGAGAAGUGUGAGUUUCUUCAAAUGAAAAA